CAUACACACGAUUAACCACUUAUUCGACUCGCAAACACCCACCGUUACAACAUGAAAGUGAUGCGCAUCCGCCACGCCAAGCUAAUAGUGACGGUAGUGGUCAUAGCCAAUCUGAUAUUAUUCUAUUACUCCUGGAAGUCGACAAUUUGGAAGAGUCUUGCCUCCACUCUCAUGUUGCCAGAUGCAACAGAGCGCGACAAUGAACUAAUGGGCGCUGGCAGCGCUGCCUCUGGGCGCGCUGGCAAAUCGCCGCGUGAUAAAUUGAAGAACGCCAACAAACACAUACGCAAGUCCAUAACUAUCGUGUUUCGAAGUUUUUAUAAUUUCGAAAACGAUCUCAAAGCAUCCAUUGACAAUCUGCUCGACAUCGUGCCCAAUUUGUCGGUGCUCGUAUUGCUAGAGGGUGCACCCUAUCCACCCGUGUCAUAUGAGCGCAAUGUUACCGCUAGCGGUGAGGAGAACACCGUCCGUUUUCUCAAUCUGGGUUUCGAUGUGCAAAAGACACCCGAUCAAUUGAAUGCGCUCGCGGCGAUACACACUAAAUAUGUACUAUUUCUGCCAGAUAGCGUGCGUUUAACUAGCAAAAAUUUGCUACAAAAAAUUUUACGCGAAAUUAACUCAGCUGUGCCACUGGGUGCAGGUAUAGCGGCGAGAGCGCCGCUUAAGGCAGGCGAGGUGAAACAUCAGCAAGAGGCGCGCGCUUUGGUGCCACCCGUGGGACCGGAGGAGACGGUGAGACGUAUGGUAAUAGUGCCAUUCGCUGGAAAUAUGAAAUCGUUCAGUAGUUGUACACAAAUAAUUCUGGAUCUGCCCAAUUGGACCAUACAAUAUGUGGCGGUUAACAGUAGUGAUAAGUGUGAUUUGUAUUUGCAAAAACACGCCAUACUUGUGGAUGUGGGUGUACUCAAGGAGCUGCCGGAUCCUUUUGCCGCACCAUUUCCCGAAAUGUUUUAUAUACAAGCAAAGCUGGCAGGCAUUUCUAAAACUGUUUUUCCACAAUCCUUCCAAGACGGACGUCGCCUAUUCGCGUCGUAUCACACGAAGCAGCACCGCACCGAAAUACGUCGCCGUCAAUUCAAGGAUUUAUAUAAAAAGCUACAGAUUAAGCGAAUCAUUCGGCGGUCUCACAAAGUUAUCUCCAAAACGGAUCCAAAAGAGGGUGGCAGUGGCGGUUCUCAUCACAAUCUAGUGCUGGAUACACAAUUUUCAUCUUCAAACUUUAGCUUACCACUGGUAACCGAAAUCGAUUUAAUCGGCUGUGAACGCACCACAAAGUCUUGCGUGGGUACGGUCUACAAUAAUCGACCCUUCUACAUAUACUUGGACAAACAUACGCCACCCUGUUGCCUUGACAAACUUAAAACAACGUUCAAUCAUGUACUCGAAGAAUUCGAGAAUGUCGGCAUACGUUAUUGGUUGGACAACCAAGCCUUGAAGACAGCCAUCGAAACAAAUCACUUGCAUCCGGAUGCCUAUGAGAUAGAUAUCAGUUUCAAUGUAAACGAUCUGGAACGUUCGAAUGCAAUGAAAAAGUCUCAAAAUAAACCAUAUGUAGACAAUGAAGGCUUCUAUUGGAUAAAAGCGACCGAUGGACAUUACUUUAAGGUGCAAUUCUCGAAAAUAAAUCAGAUUGGCGUUAAUCUGCUACCGUUCGAAAUUAACGGCAAUGAAGUGAGACCAAGUGGAUUUUUCGGUUGGAAAGCAAAAGAGUUCUCCGCAGACUAUCUUCAUCCAAUGUCCACAGUGCUCUUUCUGGGUAAAAAUGUAAUGUGUCCAAAUAAUGUGAGAGAGUUUCUGGACUUCAAAAACGUAAAAUAGAUGGAGUCAAUGAGGCACUCUUGGAAACAGUUAAAAGGGAGCGAUUUAAAUGGCAUAAAAAAUAGCAAACAAAUUACUCAUAGAAUGUUAAAUAGUGAAGAAAGUAAUAUUGAAUGAUGAGGAUGGAAAAAUAGUGAAUUCAUUGAAAAACUGAUUCCACAAUGGGAAGAAGUAGAAAAGGCAAAAAAACUAAAAUUUCCCGGAAGAUUUCUAGAUAUAUUCAAUAUAUAACGGGGUUAUCCAAAUGCAAAUAACUUUAUGAAGUAUUAAGGAAUAUUUCAAAAAAAAAAAAACAGAUAAACCGAAAAAAGAUGAGAAUUACGGUGCUAUUGAACAAAAACUUAUUCAAAGAAAAGGUAUAAGCACACUGCGUUAAAAAACUAUA